AUGGCGAAAGAUCGUGGCUCGAUGGCCCAUUCGAUCGGGGCCUUGCUAAACAAACUCAACGAUCCUGAUCCAGAUAUCCGCUUCAUGCAAUUGAGCGAUCUCGCGAAUAUUUUGACAUCUCCGACCUCUGAGCACCUGAAGAGCGAUCCUGGUCAAACUGGUCGCAUCAUCGACGGACUGCUCAAGUCUCUGUCAGAUCAGCAUGGUGAGGUUCAGAACCAAGCACUCAAGUGUGUUGGACCUUUAGCUGCGAGAACUCCUGGUGAGAUCAUUGUUCCUCUUAUCGACAAGAUCACCGAUCUCACUACCUCCGACAUCGAUGUCACCAUUCCCAACACCGCCCUUCGUAGUCUGAUCGCUAGCCUGCCACAGCCCGGCUCUGCUAUGGCUAGCCAGCAAGAAAUCAAGGAAGCCUACAAUGCCAUUAGCAAAGUCCUCAUUCCACGAUUGAUCGGUAGAGUCGUUGUCCCAGGGGCCAAGUCUGCUCCCAAAGUUCCCGUGGGCCUUCUGCAGCCCCAACAGGACAAAGGCUACAAUCCCGAUGCGGUCGAUGUCAUGCUUGAGAUCGUCAAGUGCUAUGGCGCUUCGCUCCAGGAACAAGAGCUGGUCGCCUUGGCUCAGGCUGUCAUGCAGAUUAUUGAGAGUCCGCAGGCGGGUGGUGUGGUCAAGAAGCGCGCAUUAGCAGGUAUCGGAGCGCUCAUUAUCCACUUCACUGAUUCCCAAGUCAGCUCCUUCAUCGCUGCUCUUGUUCAGAGCUUCCAGACCCCCAAUCUCUCGAACGAUCACCGAAGAUACUUGAUUGCCACUCUCGGCACGCUGGCAAAAUCAACUCCAGCAAAGUUUGGUCCACACCUUGAUGCCGCUCUUCCUCACGUACUCUCCGCUCUCAGCCAAGAAGAGCUGGACGCCAACGCGGAUGAUUCCGACGACGACAUCGAAGCUGACUCCGAGUUGGAGGAGCUUCGCGAGACCGCACUGCAAGCGAUUGAUGCCAUGAUUGGAUCAUGUCCUUCCGAGAUGAAGGAUCACCUGCCUGCCGCCAUCGGAGCCACUCUGCGCUACCUGAAGUAUGAUCCCAAUGUGGCCGAGAUCGACGAUGAAGAAAUGGGUGGCACACAUGACGCUGGUAGCGACGAUGGCAUCACGGAAGACGCUGUCGAUGAUGACGACGAAUAUGCUGAGCUCGAUGAUGAUGGCACAUUCAGCGACGUUGAUGACCUAAGCUGGAAGGUCAGAAGAUGCGCUGCCAAAGCACUUUUCACCAUGAUCAGUGCACUGUCCGCCGCUGAUCAUGACACUCUCUUUGGCAAGAUUGCUCCUGUCUUGCUCUCCCGGCUGUACAACGAGCGGGAAGAUAGCGUGCGCUUAGAGAUCAUCUCUGCUACCACUGCCCUUAUCCGCAAGGCCGGUCCACCUGCUCAUGUCUCAUAUGGCUUGUCCAGCUUCGACGGCGACGCUCCUCCACCCAAUAGCCGCAAGCGCAGACGCCAGGACAGUGAGGUCUCGCAGAACGACCCAGAACUCCGCGGCUUGGUCUUGUCCCGUUCUAGUCCACCGAUCGAUGAUGCCUUGCCUCCUUCUAGCGGAGCUCAGGCCGAUCUUGCUGCGAUCAUUCCAAAGAUGGUUCAAGCCCUUAGCAAGGUUUGGAAGAAGGCCAGUAUUCCCCUGAAGCAAGCUGGUAUUAUCAUGAUCAAGACAUUGGCUCUCACACGCAACGGUGCUCUGGCCGAUUACCUACAGCAACUUGAGGACCCUGUAGCCGAUGCUCUGAAGCCCGGCACCGGUCCAAGCGGCGCAAGUGCUUCCUCAGGCUCCUCAGCUACUGUCGCAGGGCUGCAGAUUGAGACACUCGCAACCAUUAGCAUCAUCGCGGAAACCAAUUCGACCACUGUGCUCACCCCUUUCGUGAUUGCUCUGAUCCCGCCUGUAACAGCCACCGCAAAGGAUCGAAAUUUCAAGGUGUCGAGCGAGGCUCUUGCCACAAUUGAACAAUUCGUCAAGGCCUUGACACCCCCUCGCCUUCCUUCCGCCAAUCAAGACCACGCUAUCCACAUCGAGAAAUUGUUCAAUGUUAUUGUCGAUCGCGUCACCGACAAUAACACAGACCUUGAGGUACGACACCGGGCCAUUCAGGUCUUUGGUGUUUUGAUCUCGAGAACAUCGUCUACGCAGCUCUUGAGUACUGCGGCUCGCGCUAAAGCUCUUGGGGUAUUGGAUGACCGUCUGAAGAACGAAACUACUCGACUGGCUAGUGCACGUGCAAUUGGUCUUGUAGGUGAAUCGGCGAGCAUCACCGACAGUAUCGGGUCAGCGUGGGUGCAAGAGGUCUCGUUGGAGAUGGCAAACCAGCUACGCAAGUCAGACCGCGCGCUGAGAGGUGCUUGUCUUGAGGCCUUGCAGUAUCUUGCGCUAAACGCUGUGACUGCAUCUCUGUACGAUAGUGUCACUAUCGCGCAGCUAAUGACGCACCUACUCCCGCUGCUCUCCGGUUCCGACCUGCACCUCCUGACUCCAACGUUGGUGAUCCUGUCUAAAAUUGUCCCCACGAAUCCCCAGUCGCUUGUUUCGGAUGACCUGGUGCAAGCGCUUUGCGAUGUCAGCAAGUCUCGACUUGAAGGAUCCCCACUGAAGGCUUUCCUGCUAGUCAUCAAAGUGAUUGGCGAGCAGGGCAGUGGAAAUACACUGAUGCAAGGUCUACUCGCUAUUGGCGUCGCAGGCGAUACGAUUGUGCUUGGGCGGGCUAUCGGCACACUGCUUGUCUACUCAUCCGCCGAGCUCACGGUAUCUGUGCCCACAUUUUUGACCGAGCUCGAGACUGCACAAGACCCAGCUGCGAUGUGCCUCGCCCUUGCAGUCCUGGGUGAGGUUGGCUUUCGCAUGGGGCCCAAGUCGCCUGUGCAGAUGGAGGUCUUCACUCGUUGCCUUGCCGCUGAAUCAGACCGAGUGCGCCUCACCGCAGCCGCCGCCUUGGGCAGUGCCAGCUCCAGCAACCUCUCCGAAUGCUUGCCUUUUAUCCUCCAGAAUCUCGGCCAGGGCUCCGAGCAGGAAUAUCUUUAUCUCCACGCCCUCAAGGAAAUCCUUCAACAUGUCACCGAGACUGGUGGAAAGGAGAUUGCUUCGUAUGCAAGCGACCUCUGGCAGAAGCUUUUUAGCAUCUCUGCCACCGACGACAAUCGUGCAGUCGGUGCUGAGUGCAUUGGACGCCUUUCCAUGAUCGAUGCUAGCACGUACAUUCCUCAGCUAUCGCAAUCGCUCCAGGACUCCGAUGCAUCCACCCGUGGCACAGUCAUUUCAGCGUUCAGAUUCACUCUGGCUGACACCAGCUCCUCUUACAAUGCUCUGCUCACGCGGAUGAUUGUUCCAAUGCUGCGCACCAUGCUCAGCGACGCUGACAUCGGCAACCGUCGUCUCGCCGUUACGACUCUGAACGCAGCAAUCCAUAACAAGCCGAACUUGGUCAUCCCGGAAAUCAGCCAGCUCCUGCCACAAGUACUUCAGGAUUCGGUCAUCAACCCCGAACUGAUUCGUGUCAUUACUAUCGGUCCAUUCAAGCAUAAUGAGGACUCGGGUCUUGAUCUUCGCAAAUCUACUUACGCGACGCUUUAUGCGCUACUCGACCAACCCGCAGCAAUUCUGCAUCUUCCAAUCCCUCAGGUCUUCGACCGCAUUCUUGACGGUAUCACUGAUGACGCCGAUAUUCGCACUCUGUGCAACCUCAUGCUUACGCGUCUUUCCCACAUCGAUCCUGUAGAGACUCGUCGCCGUCUUUCCCAGCUUGCGGAUAAAUUCAAGACCGUGCUUGGCCACAAGUUGAAAGACAAUGCGGUUAAGCAAGAAAUUGAGAAAGUUAACGAAGCCAACGCGGCUGUUAUCCGCACGACACUUGAGCUCGACAAGGCUUUCCCUAGCGCGGCCUCGGAUGGCGGCGGCGAGAUGGUCGGCUGGAAAGGCUACGUCGAAAAUGUCAAGAAGGACUUUGCCGGGGUUGUGCGCAGCAUCCAGAACGAGUCUUAG